AUGAAUAUAUUGCAAGAUAAAAAGCGCUCUAAGACCCUGAAAAGCACAUCUGAUAAAAUCGCAAAAUAUUGGCAAGCCAAGAGAAGAACAAAUAUGAUAAGUAGACGGUUUUUCCAAACAAAUGGCAAAAAAAUUGCCUUUGCAUUUGAUAUUGAUGGCGUUUUAUUCAGGGGCAAGAAGCCUGUUCCAGGUGCUAGCGACUCAUUGAAACUAUUGAGCGAUAACAAGAUUCCAUAUAUCUUGUUGACUAAUGGUGGUGGGCUCUCUGAGAAGGCACGCACAGAGUUUAUCUCGAGCAAAUUGGACGUUGACGUGUCACCUUUGCAAAUCAUCCAAAGCCAUACCCCGUAUAAGUCCCUUGUUAAUAAAUAUUCAAGAAUCUUGGCUGUUGGUUCGCCUACAGUAAGAAAGGUUGCAGAAGGCUACGGAUUUCAAGAUGUAGUUCACCAGACCGACAUUGUGAGAUAUAACAGAGAUAUUGCGCCAUUUAGUGGGCUGUCUGACGAACAAUUACAGGAGUACUCUAGAGAGAUUCCAGAUUUAACCACUAAGAAAUUCGAUGCCGUCCUGGUGUUCAAUGAUCCUCAUGACUGGGCUGCUGAUAUACAGAUCAUUUCAGAUGCAAUUAAUAGUGAAAAUGGGAUGUUAAAUACCUUGAGAAGUAAGAAAGGUGGCAAACCUUCCAUCCCCAUUUACUUUUCAAACGAGGAUUUGCUAUGGGCCAAUCCUUAUAAAUUGAACAGAUUUGGUCAAGGUGCCUUCCGUCUGCUAGUUAGAAGACUUUACUCUGAGAUAAAUGGUGAACCUCUGCAAGAUUAUACUUUGGGUAAACCGACAAAGUUAACUUAUGAUUUUGCGCAUCACGUUCUCAUUGAUUGGGAAAAAAGAUUGAGCGGAAAGAUAGCUCAAUCUGUUAAUCGGAAACUACCUCUUUUAGGCAUUAAACCUUCAUCUUCACCGUUCCACUCGGUUUUCAUGGUAGGCGAUAACCCUGCAAGUGAUAUCAUUGGUGCUCAGAAUUAUGGCUGGAAUAGUUGUUUAGUAAAGACAGGUGUUUAUAAGGAUGGUGACGACUUAAAAGAAUGUAAACCUACGAUGAUUGUGGAUGAUGUGUAUAAGGCUGUUACUAAAACACUGGAAGAAUACGCAUAA